UUUUUGCUGAGUGACGAUUUCUCUUGCUGAUUCUCAAAGGAUGAAGUUCAUUUUUAUCUUCGUUGCUCUUGUCUGCAUCGAACUUUACAUCUGCGAUGCAGGGGUGGACAUCGGAAAUCAAAAAAGCUGUGCGAUACCCGGAAACCCUAUUAACAUUAAUGUUCACGGAGGGGAUGGUACAAAGGCCGUUAAGGGUGAAAAAGGCGAAAAAGGGGACACUGGAUUGAAAGGUGACAAGGGAAAUGGUGGAGCGGCUUCUUGCAAAUGUCCUUUGCAGGAUCCGCGAAAGCCGUCCGCUCACAUCGAAGGAGCAAACAAAAGAGAUGUAACUUACAAACAUAAUCAAGUGAUGAAGGACUGGACUCUUAGUGCUCCUUACAGUCAUGUGGCAGGUGGUAUGAAGUACCAAGAUGGAAAACUUACAGUACCCAUCGCUGGACGGUACUACAUCUACGAACAGAUCUAUUACAGAGGCUACAGAGGCAAACCCGUUAGAAUUUCUCUCCUGGUUAAUAACAAAGUGGUCGCCAUGGUACAUCCUUCUGAAAACCAGCUGCGAAGUUCUGAGUUUACUUUGUCGACUGGAGGCGUCUUUUACCUAAAGGCUGGUGACGUCAUUACCGUGGUACCUUCCAACAAAGCCGGGAUUGCCUACAUGUUAUCCUCUCACAGCUUCUUUGGUGCAUUUUUUAUUUGAAAGGAGCCAUGCAUGGUUCGCGAUGCUUGCCAAUGUAGAAUGUGACUCCACGGCUUCUUUUGAUGAUCGAAUAAAAGUUGAUUAGCAGGGAA